GAAAUAAAAUAUCAACAAAAAAUGAUAAUAGCAAAAAUAUUCGUUUUUAUUGGAUUUUCGUAUUUGGUUAAAUCGAAAAACGUUUUUAUGCCAAACUUGCCCUUGGGAGAAUAUCGUACUGUAUUUGAGAAAAUAUAUCCUUGUCAAUCAAUAAAUUUAUUACGAACUAAUCUAUAUCUCAGUAAAAGGACAUCAAAUAUAACUGAGAUAAAAGGAAAUCUUACAUUUUUGGUACCUUUUGACGAUAGUCAUAUACUUGAUAUAAACGCCGCUUCUUGGAGUUUAACUGGUGGUUGGAAACCAAAUUCAGCGGUAUACAUAGCAAAGAAUGCAUGUAGUAGUUCUAAAACGGUCCUUGGAAACGUGUGGUAUUCAUUAAUAAAGGCUUUUAACUUGCCUAAAUCUACAUGCCCAAUUCCAUCGGGAACAUAUGUUACAUCGGGGUUGGAUUUAAAGGAAUUUGAAGACCAUAACUUUCCAAAGGUGUAUUUUUAUGGAAAAUAUAAAAUAACGUCGAAGAUAAAAAAUGUAAAAAAUGAUGUACUUGGUUGCAUCAUAUUGGAGUUAAGUCUUAAACGACCAUGGGAAAAAUAA